GGACUCUUGAACAACAAUUGGAUCACGAUUCAGUGAAUUACUUUCUUUCACACUCUAUCAGGCAAAAUGUCCCAAAGAAUUGCUUUCAAAGUCCACGGGACGGUACAAGGUGUCAACUUCCGGAGCUUCACCAAAUCCAGGGCCGAAUCGUACGGCCUUACAGGAUGGGUCAAGAACAGCAGUGACGGAAAGGUUAUUGGAGAAGCUCAAGGAGAUCAGCAUUCCAUUGAUAAGUUGGUUCAGGACUUAAACAAAGGUCCAAGUGCUGCCCAGGUCACAAAGUUGGACAAGGAGAGCAUUGACACCAAGGUCGGCGAGAGUGGAUUUCAAGCGUGAGGCUUUACCCAUGCACCCGUUCAACAAAAUGGCUUGAUAUUUAUGCGGCACACACAUGUGACAGGAAACGAGCGAUAUAAUACAAAAUGAGGAAAACUCAUUGAUGAUUUUUUUCCCCUUGAGUGGAGCAGCAAAGAC